UGCCGCCCAGUCAAGAUCGAUCAACCGCGUCGGGUGUAGGGGCGCUUUCGCGAGAGCAAUAUGCAAAAAUAGUGUUACCGCACCAAGGGAAGAUCAGUUGAAUUGAGAGAAGAUUACACCUGCGUGCUGGAAUCUUGCUUUCUUGCACAUUCAAAAUAUCUUUCCCUUUGUUUGGAACGCUUCCGAACGAAACCGAACGAGAGAAAGGAAGUUCACGGUAACAGACACAAAGGUUAAGCAAGGAAGGUUAAGACGUCAGUGGCUCUUACUCGGACUUUCACCUGUGCUUAGUAAGUCCCCGUGGACGGUGUGGAUGUGUUGUGUUGCUGACUUUGCUUCGGGGACCAAACUACCAAACGUGCGGCAAAUCAGCAAAUCGAACCAAACCAAUCCAAUCUUAUCUGGAUCGAAGGUGGAUUUGAGUGUUUGCUUUGGUAGUGGCGGUUUUGCAAACCGAACGAGGCUGCAAUGAUGGCGUUGCUGGUUUUGGGUCACUUUGCCGUGCCGGUGCAUCUUGCCAACGUGCGGGUACGAUUCGUCAGCUAUCGCACGAAACGACCCAUCGGGCUUAUCAGCGCACAGUACGACAGCUUGCUGCAGCCGCACACGAUCUUCAGCGGAAGCACCGGCAGCAGAACCUGGACACCGGCCGGUGGAGUCCGGCAGGAUGGCGGUGUGCCGUUGCUCGAUGCGCUCGGCUACAGGUGUGGAACAGUGCUGCCGGGUCCGCCAAGCAUCAGAUGCAUUUCCACCACCAGCUGGCUUGGCGAUCAACCGUCCUCCAAGGUUGAAGUCACGGUACAAACGCUAAAAAAGAAAGAAAAAGAACAGCAGCAGCAACAAACAGCAGCAGCAGCUCCACCAACCGCGGCAACGUCGAAAGUACUUACCGACCUUGGUACGAGCGCAGCGAACGCCCCGGUCGGUGCCAGUACCGGCGCUAGCGCGGACGCACAAUCGCAAGCCCCGGCACCAGCGGCCGCCGUUGUCGCGGCCGCCCCGGUUGUGAAGAAAACCCUGAAGCAGCGCAUAUGGGCCGAGCUGGUGCACUACUACCACGGCUUUCGGUUGCUGUUCAUCGACAUCAACAUUAGCCGGAAGCUGCUUUGGCGCGUACUUAAUGGGAAAACGUUGACGCGCCGCGAGCACAAGCUGCUCAUCCGGACGACCUCCGAUCUGUUCCGGCUCGUGCCGUUCUCGGUGUUUAUCAUCGUGCCGUUUAUGGAGCUGCUGCUGCCGCUCGCGAUCAAGCUGUUCCCGGGCAUGCUGCCCUCCACCUUCCAGACCGCGACCGAGCGGGAGGACAAGAUCAAGCAGAACCUCAAGGUGAAGAUCGAGAUGGCCAAGUUCCUGCAGAAGACGCUCGACGACAUGGCGGUCCAGAACAAGGAGCACCGGUCGCAGGCGGCCAAGGACUUUAGCGAGUUCUUUACCCGCAUCCGGACGACGGAGAACUUUACCAUCUCGAACGAGGAGAUACUGAAGUUUUCCAAACUGUUCGAGGACGAAAUUACGCUCGACUCGCUCAACCGCCAGCAGCUGCAGGCGCUGUGCCGCGUACUGGAGGUGUCACCGAUCGGCACAUCGAACUUGCUGCGGUUCCAGCUGCGCCUGAAGCUGCGCAACCUGGCGGCCGACGAUCGCACCAUCCAGAAGGAGGGCAUCGCGUCCCUGAACCUGUCCGAGCUGCAGGCCGCCUGCCGGGCGCGCGGUAUGCGUGCGUACGGCGCCUCGGAGGAGCGGCUCAAGUCGCAGCUGCAGGAGUGGAUCAAUCUGAGCCUGAACGAGAAGGUGCCACCGUCGCUGCUGCUACUGUCCCGGGCGCUUGUGCUGCCGGAGAAUAUUACCACGGGCGAUAAGCUGAAGGCGACGAUCUCGUCCCUGCCCGACUCGGUGGCGACCGUCACGAAGGCGGCCAUCGGCGAACGGGAGGGUAAGAUCGACAACAAGACGAAGAUCGAGGUGAUCAAGGAGGAGGAACGCAAGAUCAAGGAGGAGCGCGAGGAGGAGAAGGAAAAGCAAAAGGAGCAGCAGGAGCUGGUCGACGGCGCUCCGGUCCUGACGGCCGAUGGCAAGACGGUCGAGCCGGGUACGGUCGCACCGGAGCAGCCGGAGAUUAUCUUUGCGCCGGCACCGGCAACGACGAUCGUGCUGGACAAGAUCCCUCCGCAGCCGCACACGGUGGAGGAGAUUUCGAGCAAAGAUCUGGAGGUGCUGGGCGAUGCGCUGGGCACGCUGAGCAAGGACAAAAAGUCGCUGCUGGUGGAGAAGGAGGAGAUCCGGGACCUGAAGGAAGAGAUUGCCGACUACCAGGAGGAUGUGCAGGAGCUACAGGAGGUUGUCACUGCUGCCAGCAAUCAGGAAGAGGUACAGGUGAAGGAAUCGCGUGCCGCGAAACUGCUGUUCAAGAAGGUCAACUCGAUGAUCAACCGCAUGGACACGGUACUGACGGAGCUGGAGCGCAAGGAGAAGCAGCUAAAGGAGAAGGUGCACGCGGCCGAGCAGAGCGAAGAGGUACAGAAACCGCCGGCAGCCGACGAGGAGCUGGUGCGGAUAGACGAGCUGAUGUCGGCCAUCAAGAAGAUCCAGAACGUUACGGACGAUUCGCGGUUAGAUCAAAUUUCUAAGAUUCUCGGCAAAAUUGAUGACGAUCAGGAUGGCCAAAUUAAGGUGGAGGACGUGUUGAAGGUCAUCGAAACGAUCGGCAAGGAGAACGUGAAGCUGAACGCGAAACAGGUGGACGAGCUGAUCGAUCUGCUGGACAAGGAGGAGGAGCUGGAGGCGGAAGACAAGAUCGAGAAAGCGCUCACCAAGAGCCUGGAAGCCAAAGAGAAGCAAAAGGAGCAGAAGGAAAAGGAGAAGGAAAAGCUGCUCGAGCUUACGGAUAAGGCUACGGAUCUAAGCUCGCUGGCGCCACCGCCAGCGCCAAGCACCACGGCCUCGACGAAGCAGCAGCUCGACGACGGUACAGCGAUUAUCGACGCGGACGCACUGCAAAAGGUGGUGGAGGAGCGUAAGAAAAAUGCCAGUAUUAAUGGAGCACCAGGCACAGCGGCAGCGGAGGUAGUACCGCCACCGACACAACAUCGUCCAGCGGCACGGGCAGAAGCGAGCAGCACCGGUGGGGGGCCACCGAAGAACAAAAUGGUUUGAAGCGAACAAACGGCGCAACACAACCGCAAAGUUUUAGAGCUAAUUGUAACUCCGUCAGGGCUGUGCUGCGUUUGCGGUUGUAGCAAACGGUUAAGAACAUUGUUUUCUUAAAAAAAAAAACUUCUUCAAAAGAAGCGACCUUCGGUUACACAGAGCAAACGAAAGGAGUCCAACGAAAAGUGGCAACCACGAACCAACAUUUCCCCCUCCUCUCUGUAGGAAAAUCAAGCAAAAGUGCACACGUCCCAGUGAGAGGUUGAAGUGCAAUUGCUUUACACACUCCUGCCUUGUUGCAACUACGGAAGCUGCCUUUUCACCCAAGGCUUAGAGAAUUCUGUUGCCCGUUGUAAAGCAAGCUGCACUACUGCAUACAUUUCCUUUUACUACUGCUUCCUCGAUCCUCUUCAUUUUCCCUCUCGUUGCCCUACAGAAGGUCGCUGAAAGUGUCUGCAGCAGAUACGGUUUAAAAUUUAACACCGAAGACAACCUCGAUGACGAAGACGACGACGACGAUACCCCAAAAAAAUACAAUUUUGUGAGUGUGUGUGUGUAUGGUGGAUCCAUCUCACAAAUGCUGGUGCUGUAGGAAAUGCAACAAAAUCGAGUGCGGAAGACAAACCCAAAACAAAUUUACCGUUGUAACAAACGACCCGAUCGCAUAAAUAAGUCAAAAUGUACAAUAAAAAUGGAUAAUUUAUUAGGAAUGUUAA